UGCUUCAGAAAUACAAGGACUUUCAGAUGCAAGAAAAAUCCCAAAAUGUUCUUGCCGCUCCUUCUGGCCAAACCGAAAAUGAUGACAAACGUAAAGUGGAAAAUCGUAUUUUUAUCGAGCAACUUUUUUAUUUGGCUGAACAGAGUAAAUUGUCUUUAGAGGAUAUAAUGAAUGAAUCACAAUCAAUGGUAGUUGUGUCCUUUGAAACUGUAUCCACAUGUAUUAUGAACGCCUUGCUAUGUCUGGCAUUGAAUCAGGAUUGUCUAGAAAAAUUGCGUCUGGAAAUUCAUGAAGUUUUUGCCACUGAAAAUUCUAAUAUCCCCAAAAGCGAUCACAAAACUAUGGAUCUUCAUGUAGGCACUAAUCAUUUACUUAAUAUGCCUUACCUUGAUAUGGUUCUAAAUGAGUCGUUACGUUUGGUUACAACGGUACCAAUGAAUAUGCGCGACGUGAGCUCACAGUUUAAACUAAAAAUGCUUGACCCCAAAGCGCAACAUGUAGCGAGAAUUCAUGAAAGAAAAACUGCAUGUCACAACAAAAUUGUAACGGUGCCCAAAGGGACCAUUAUAGCUGUAGACACCUUUAAUAUGCAACGUAAUGCGGAUUACUGGGGUCCAAAUGCUUUAGAAUUUUGUCCCGAACGUUUCUCGAAGGAAGGUGUGCAAGAUAUCACAAACCAUACCGGCAGAUGGCACUCGUAUGCUUAUAUACCAUUCUCAAAAGGACUACGUACAUGUAUAGGCCAACGAUAUAGUAUUUACCUGUCCAAAAUAUUUCUGAUCAGAUUGAUUUCAUGUUAUGAAUUCACUACCAAUGUUCAGUUCAAGGAUUUGCAAUAUUACGAGGGGAUAUCAUUAAAGUACCGCAAUGCGAAGGAUAUUUCGUUUGAAAUACAUCGAGUGAAUCAGUCUCAUCAGUGAAUAAAUUACAUUUACAUUUAUAAAAUUUAUAUAAACCAAAUACAUGCUACUAAACCUUACUAAAUUGUUAUAUACAUAGCUACACGUAUAAAAUCGUUGCAAAAAAUCUAA